AUGGAGAAGAAGCGGAAAAGGAAGCAAGCGGCGGAGACCGUCGAGCGAAAGGCAAAGUCUGUUCGGGUGGGUCAAAUCCAAACGGAAAAUCCGAAGAACCCAUUUCCUUCACACAGUGCACCAACCCCACAAGAAUGCCUCCACAUACGAGACACUCUCUUAACCCUACACGGCAUACCUCCAGAACUCGCCAAAUACCGCAAAUCGCAACCAACCGACGACACCGCGCCACCGGAAACUGUUCUCGACGGUUUGGUCCGAACAAUACUCUCACAGAAUACCACGGAAACUAAUUCUCAGAAAGCUUUUGUUUCUCUGAAAUCGUUAUUUCCCACAUGGGAACAUGUGCAUGGUGCUGAGUCUAAGGAGUUGGAGAAUGCUAUUCGAUGUGGUGGUUUGGCACCGACUAAGGCUUCGUGUAUUAAGAAUUUGUUGCGGUGUUUGUUAGAGAGAAAGGGUAAAUUGUGUUUAGAGUAUUUAAGAGAUUUGUCUGUUGAUGAAGUUAAAGCUGAGCUUUCUCUUUUCAAAGGAAUUGGUCCCAAAACAGUGUCUUGUGUGCUGAUGUUCAACCUUCAGCUAGAUGAUUUUCCCGUGGACACUCACAUAUUUGAGAUUGCAAAAACCAUGGGUUGGGUACCAGCUGUUGCAGACAGAAACAAGACAUACCUUCAUCUAAACCAAAGGAUUCCGGAUGAACUUAAGUUUGACCUGAAUUGCCUUCUGUAUACUCAUGGAAAGCUCUGCAGUAAAUGCUCCAGUAAAAAGGGAAACAAGCAACAGGAGAAAUUCAAUGAUAACUCGUGUCCUUUAUUAAAUUAUUAUAAAGAGCCAGUUUGA